AUGAGGCCGAUUUUCGCUGGGAACUUGGAGUACGAUACUCGUCAAGCGGACCUUGAACGCUUGUUCUCAAAGUACGGCAGGAUUGAACGCGUUGACAUGAAAUCUGGAUUUGCUUUUGUAUACUAUGAAGAUGAGCGUGACGCUGAAGAAGCAAUUCGUGCUCUUGACAACAUUCCAUUUGGUUAUGAUAAGCGACGACUAUCUGUGGAGUGGGCUAGGGGUGAACGUGGGCGUCAUCGUGAUGGCUCAAAGGCAAACCAGAAGCCCACAAAAACUCUAUUUGUCAUAAACUUUGACCCGAUUCGCACUAGAGUUAGUGAUAUAGAGAGACACUUUAAGCCUUAUGGACAGCUUCAUCAUGUUCGAAUUCGCCGCAACUUUGCAUUUGUGCAAUAUGAAACACAAGAAGAUGCCACUAAAGCCUUAGAGUGUACAAAUAUGAGUAAGAUUCUGGACAGGGUGGUCUCUGUGGAGUAUGCUCUGAGGGAUGAUAGCGAGAGGGUUGACAAUUAUAGCAGUCCCAGAAGAGGAGGAGGUCUUGCUAGAUCUCCCAGUCCAGCCUAUCGCAGGCGACCAAGUCCUGACUAUGGCCGUCCACGUAGUCCUGUGUACGACAGGUAUAGUGGACCAGACAGGCGGAGGAGUCCUGAUUAUGGCAGGAACAGGAGUCCUGAAUAUGGCAGGAACAGGAGUCCUGAAUAUGGCAGAUACCGCAGUCGUUCACCAGUACGAAGGUCGAGAACUUAA